AUUAAUCUCCUCUCUGAGGAGUAAGGGACAAACAGUGCUGCCCACAGAGUGAGUUUGGAGGACAAAAAGAGAAUUUUGUAGGUGGGAGGGAUAGAGCUGCAUGUACCUGGUGAGAGUACCAAGGAAGGAACAGAGACAGAGCUGCGGAGAUAAGCAGGGAUAGGCAGUUGUUAGAGGAAGGGACAGGAACUAAAACAGCACCAUUUAGGAGGGAGCAACAGAAGGGAACCUAAGAAUCCACACAGUCUAAGGGACGAGGAAGGACCCAGAGACAGCAAGACAAGGCCAGAGCAAGGGCCACAGCCAGGUCAGGCACCAGCACUGAGGGAUGAACUUCACGGUGGGUUUCAAGCCGCUGCUAGGGGAUGCGCACAGCAUGGACAACCUGGAGAAGCAGCUUAUCUGCCCCAUCUGCUUGGAAAUGUUCUCCAAGCCGGUGGUGAUCCUGCCCUGCCAGCAUAACCUGUGUCGCAAGUGUGCUAAUGACGUCUUCCAGGCCUCAAACCCCCUAUGGCAAUCCCGGGGCUCCACUGCUGUGUCUUCAGGAGGCCGUUUCCGCUGCCCAUCAUGUAGGCAUGAGGUUGUCCUGGACCGACAUGGUGUCUAUGGUCUUCAGCGAAACCUGCUAGUGGAGAACAUUAUCGACAUUUACAAGCAGGAGUCCUCAAGGCCGCUGCACUCCAAGGCUGAGCAGCACCUCAUGUGUGAGGAGCACGAGGAAGAAAAGAUCAACAUCUACUGCCUGAGCUGCGAGGUGCCCACCUGCUCACUCUGCAAGGUCUUCGGGGCCCACAAGGACUGUGAGGUGGCACCAUUGCCCACCAUUUACAAACGCCAGAAGAGUGAGCUCAGUGAUGGCAUCGCUAUGCUGGUGGCGGGCAAUGACCGAGUACAAGCAGUGAUCACGCAGAUGGAGGAGGUGUGCCAGACCAUCGAGGACAAUAGCCGAAGGCAGAAGCAGUUGUUAAACCAGAGAUUUGAGACCCUCUGCGCGGUGCUAGAGGAGCGCAAAGGGGAGCUGCUGCAGGUGCUGGCCCGAGAGCAGGAGGAGAAGCUGCAGCGUGUCCGAGGCCUCAUCCGCCAGUACGGAGACCACCUGGAGGCCUCUUCCAAGCUGGUGGAGUCGGCUAUCCAGUCCAUGGAAGAGCCGCAGAUGGCGCUUUAUCUCCAGCAGGCCAAGGAGCUGAUCAAUAAGGUCGGGACAAUGUCGAAGGUGGAACUUGCGGGCCGGCCAGAGCCAGGCUACGAGAGCAUGGAGCAGUUCUCUGUGAGCGUGGAGCACGUGGCUGAGAUGCUGAGGACCAUCGACUUCCAGCCUGGCACUUCCAGGGAAGAAGAGGAUGAAGAGGUGGUGUUGGACGCAGAAGACGGCAGUGCAGGGCAGGAGGAAGAGCGGCCCGAUGCUUUAGAAGGCCUGCACUGAACGGCGCCCACCCUGGUUGAGAGCCAGUGCGCUCCAGGCUGGGCCAGGGUGGUAGAGGAUCUGCGUGGAGACCACCCGCUACCCAGCUUGGCGCCCCGGCCGGGAAGGCCUCAAUAAAGGACUCUGGUGUCCUAGAA